AUGGCCAACAGAUUCAUCCGCCCAGCUGUUGAACCCAACGAGGAGGGUGACCCGGCGGUGAGGGCCCCCGCGGCUGUGUAUCCAUAUGACACAACUCUGGCUGCCACCGCUACCGACGACAACACCGCUACUUCCAGCACGGAGACGGCAUUCACUGCGGCCGCGGACCUGAGGUUCCAACGCCGUGAUGAAGACACAGAGGUCAUUCCCCCCGCCGUCCGCUCUCAGGAGACGACUCUCCCUCCCGCCAACCCCACGCCGUACCCGUGCACCGGGCUUGUCCAGCCAUGCGAACCGGGCUACAAGGUCUUGCUGUUCAACAGCCUCUGCAUCUGCUAUUAUCUCGGACCUCGCAGUGAAGCGAAGUGA